CGCGCUCCCGGGGCGGUGGGGGCCGGCGGAGGCUCCGCGGGGACGCCGUCCGCCUCCGGCCGAUGACCGGGUGAGUGUGGCUGGAACUGAUGCAGAACUGACAGCUUAGAACACCAUGUGUCCCCGAAGAUCGUCCCUCGAGCUGUUCGGAAGGGUCACCCUCCAAAGAUGAGAAAUGAUGCCACUCGUCCCUCUCUGGAGUUUGGGGUCCACACUUAACAGAAAGGCCUAUCUCUUUGGUACAUUGUUCGUGUCUUGCAGCUAUAUUUUCCAUUCCCUGAUUCCUCCACUGCCAGAUAGUUCUGGCCCCUAGACACCAGAGGAUGAGAUGGAAUGUGGAAAAGAUGUUGAAGCCAGUGGCAGCUGUGCGGCGCGGACUCCAAGCCGACACUCUAGGUUUCAGGAAGAGGAAAUUAAUUUGGAAGAACAUCUUUCCAAGGAGGAACGAGCCAAACAGAAAGCGGAGAAGCAACGAGCAAAGAAAAAGAGACAAAGAGAACGAAGGAAGCUGGGGAGAAAAGGUCAUGAGGACAGUGAACAGGAACCAGAGUGGGAUGUCAACAGUGCUUUUGUAGCCAAUGCCGCCAGUCACAUUAAGUCUCGAUAUAGACCCAAACAGGAGAAGAAGAGCAGGGAGAACAAGGACAGUGAACACAAGGCACAGGAGGAUGAUGGCCCGACUCUCGCCGUGCAGAGAAGCAGACAGCUGGCCGAGAAAGGAAUUGACUUGGUGAAAAGGGGAAAUUUCUCCCAGGCUGUUGAAAUGUUUAGUGAGGCCAUCCAGUUAGACCCCAAAGACUACAGGUAUUUCGGUAACCGCUCUUAUUGCUAUGAGCAGCUGAAGAAGUAUGAAGAGGCCCUGUUGGAUGCAGAAACCUCCAUCCAGCUGUCAGUAGAUUGGCCGAAGGGGUAUUUCCGCAAAGGCAAAGCCUUGCUGGGCAGUAAGAAGCAUUCUGAUGCAGAGGCUGCCUUUGAGAUGGUGCUGCGAUUCGACGAAGGUUGUCAUGAGGCUGUGAAGGAGAUCUUGACCUGCCGAGUUCUGAGCCUGAUGGAAGCUGGUUUUACUCAAGUGCAAAGUGUCAGCCUGCUGGAGGAAUUUGAAACAGUCCCGGCAGUCUUGCAGGCCCCCAUUGCUGCCCAAGUGCUCGAGAGGAACUCCAGCUCCUGCCUGGAAGAGGCAGUGGUUUGCUUGACGGAUCAGCCCAAGACCCUCUGUGCCUCCCUAUGGGUAGGAAACAUCACUAUGCAUGUCAAGGAGAAGCACCUGAAGGACCUCUUCAAGAGCUAUGGGGAGAUUGCCAGCGUGCGGGUGCUCCAUGAACGCUUCUGCGCAUUCGUCAACUUCAAAUGCCCCAGCGCUGCUGCCAGAGCCUUGGACAGUUUACAGGGCAAAGAAAUUGAGAAUACCAAGCUGUUGAUCCGCUACCCUGACAAGCAGCAGCGGUGCCUUGGUGUUAACCCAUCACCAGCGCAAACCAAACCAGGCAUUGCACGACCUGGAUCCCGGCGGAAGGGACCGGUGAAAGGCAACGAGUGCUACUUUUGGAGAACCACCGGCUGCCAUUUUGGUGAAAAAUGUCAUUACAGACAUGUUCCUGAACACCGAGGCGUGGACAGGAAGCCCUGGCAGUCAUGAAGAAACUGCAGCAAAGCCCCCAGCCCGGUCUCCCCAUCAGCUGGGCAUGCACUUCACCAAAAGCGGCCAUGUGCUACUUGAUUGCUCAUUAUGAGACGAGCAAUCCGAAAUGCACUUUAAAGCCAACAUCUAGAGUGUCGUUCCCAGCUGGCUCCUGGACCAGCGAGGAAGCAGGCAGGUGAUGGAUCUGUCCGGAGCAGGCUGGGUGAGAGCUGGAAAGGACACUAGACCCCUCCCGAGGGUCACAUGGUUCCUCCAUUUAACUCUCUAACUCUCUUGGAUGGGCUCACAGAGCGGGCAGAGAAUUAGAGGGUCCCUCUUCCUCACUCUGCGCCUCUGUGGGCUUUUGCCCCUCUCUCUCUUCAGCCUUGUAGGAACUAAUUCCAUGCAUAAAUUGCCCCAUAUUUUCAUUCAUCCCAUGCCAGGACCGUAGGGGCUUUGCAUCCUCCAAAUCAAGAUCCAACAUGAUGGUCUCGAUGAAGAAGCAGCAAAUCUAGGAUUCGGGCAGUUGAUUAAAAGAAUUUCUAGGCCCCAGGACCCCUCUGCCGAUAUCAGGAGAGGGACCUCGGAGCUCUCGAUAUGUAUCAGAAGGAAGAUUCUGGGGAUCAGAAAGCCCAGUGGUUCCACCCCAUAUUGGGGGAGGGCAGGAAUCCUAGCGAAUCCCCCGUGCAUUUCCACCCCAAAAUAGGGUUGGUUAAUUGGAAAAUGCCCCCGCCCAAUCCUGUUUCCAAGGAUGGGAGGAUGGUUGCAAUUCAGUAGGGCUGCCAAGUGUCUCAUACUGAGAAUCAAAAGGUGGUUCCUGUUUUUUAAAGGAUCAGUGAUCUAGUUCUCCUUUAGCAACGCUUCCAAUCCACCAGGAGCUGGAGCAGCUCAACCCGGGAAUGUCCUGUGGCCACAGAUCUGCUCACGGAUCCCCUGACUCCACUCACUCUGAGGAGCGAGAGCUGUGGCCGGCCUGCCCUCCCCCACCUCCCGGCCACACCAUUUAGGGCACGAAGCCUUUCUUCCACACUAGCACAUGUCACGUGUCACUUCCAGACCUGCCCUCAACUCCCCUCUGACUAUCAGGAAUGGUAUUUAUUGAGUGAAGAGCACUGUACUAAGCGCUUGGGAGAACACAGCACAACAGUUGGUAGACACAUUCCCUGCCCACGACGAGCUUAUAGUCUAGAGACGAGCGUACGGUCUAGGAUCUGACUACGAUCCUUGCGUGGGAUGAGCUGAGGUCUCGCCCAAAUGUCUGUAACUGAGAUAAAUCAUUCUUUAAUGCCGGAGUGAACUGUGAAUCAUAAUAUUGGGACCAAGUUACCAAGCCCCAUGUCCAUCGGAAUGGACCCAACCAAAGGACAUGGAGCACUCCUCUCCCUGCAUCUUGUGCCUUCUAUUUUCUAAAGAUUUAUUAUCCCCGAUCACUGCUGGUCACCUGGCCAGGUAGAGCACGCUGGUGCCCAUCACCGUCUGGGUCUCUCUGAAAUGUGCCAGGGUAUGUUUCAGGCGGCGACGGCACACGUUAAACCUGGAGACAAAGUAGCAUAUGGUUUGGCCCAGAGCUACUUUUCGUCUCGAGCUACCUGCCCCAGCCAGGGUCCCGCUGAAAGCCCCGUGUCACGGCGGAAUGAAAGUUCUCCUUCACUGUCAUCCCAGCCGGGAAGGAGGUGUCAAAUCGACAACACAUUUACCUCCUCGGGCAGGAUGGGCGAAAGGCCGGGUUCCUUUUCCCUACAGACUCAAACGCCUACUCUGAGUGGGAUUUUUUUUUCUUCCCUCAGAAUAGCCAAGUCUUGGGCAGGGAGAGAGUCGGGAUUGGUGGGGAGAGAGCAUGGAAACCACAAAGAGAAACUAUCAAGUGGCCCCAUGCCUGAACCAAGUCUACUGUUCUUGGUUUUUCAUCCCCAUUAUUAGAGCGUUUAGCACACAGCAAGUGGUUCCCCUUUUGCCUAAUUCAUUUGCUAAUGUUUGCUCCUCGUAUACCUCAGCUCCCUAUGGGCCUGGGCCUUCUGGCAUACUGAAGUUCUCCACCUGUGCUUCUGUCAACCAUACCAAGAUAAUAGGGACAGAGGAGUGACAGGAAAUCCCCAGCCUGUUUCACAAGUGAUUGAGCCUUUUGGGAUGGGGAGUUGGAGUCAGAAGAAUUCAAUCGAAGAGCUUUUUAACUCCCUCUUGACAAGGGGAAAUUCAGGCAAGGGCUAUGGGCACAGGUACUUGGGGGAACCAAGGGCUAAUCAAUUGUGUAGCUAAAUUCAGGCAUGUCCAGAUGGUCACUUUCCAUCAACUACAUUGGAGAUGUUGUGCAUUAUCCUCUAAUCCCACUUGGAAAUGUCAUUUAAUCCCACCAAUUUCUUUCCCCACCCUCCCCCCCCCCACCUUUUUUUUUUUUUGGAAGAUCCCCAAAGCCCUGUGCCAAGUGGAAGCCAAGGGGAUCGGGGGUCCAGUUUAGUCUUUUUAUUUACUCGAUUCCGUGAUUCCAGAGUCCGAGAAAAUCCCUGCCUUUUUGCAGAGUACCUCCUGCUCUUAAAUUGGUUCUGUAAACUCUCCUGCUUUUCUUCCAGCCCUAGUGGGAUCUGUAGACGGGACCUGUCGUUUCAUCGAUCAGUGGUAUUUAUUGAGUGCUUACUGUGUGCAGAGCAUUGUACUAAGCUCUAGGGAGAGUACAGUAGUGUAAGUAGACACGAUCCCCUCCCCUCACCCCCCAAGGAGCUUUAAGUGCUCCCCAAACUUCUUGGCCCCGGAGGUUCAGGGGGUGGCCACGGCAUCUCCUCCUGCAUUGGAACAGGAUUCCCAGAGCUGAGAAUGAGGUUAGACUGCGCCGCUCUGGGAACCAGAUUUUGCAAGGCAACCUCCCCUGGAGUUUUCCAGUACAGUAUUUGGCACCGAGACCCUCCUUGGUUUGGGGAAAAAAGGGACCCUCCCCCAACAGAGUGAAUUUUUAAAUAAUGUUCAUUAGAGCUUCUAAAAGGUAAAUUAAAACUAUAAACUUGAAGCUUUUCAGUACAGCAAAUAAUUAUAGUAAUAACAGUAUGAGAUCAAAUAUUUAUAAUUUUGUAGACUGAAUAAUGUUGCCAGUUGUCUAGCUGCUGCUGCAUUAUGUAUGUUCAAGCCCAUUAAAGUGUUUUCUAAACCAU